CCCCCUCCCCCCAGCUGGUUGCAUUGAGUUCCCUGGGCUUGGACUGCACUGUUAGCAAGAGUUUUGAAUGCUACCAAAGGAACUCCUUCCCCCACCGUCCACCACCCAUGGUCGUCCCCCGAGCCGAGAUGCCACUGGGAGUCUAGGAAAGUGUCCCCAGGUCCAAGCAGGGUGGUGAGUAAUUGCUGCCCCACUUCCCAUCCUGUCCUAGGAUGGAAGCCCCAGACAUCAGAAGGGGGAUGGGGUGGGAAGUCAGGAGAUGGAGGCUCCGAUUUCUGCAGCUGGCUGAGAACUUGGACAACCAAAUGCAAGGAAGGAAUACAUUCUUCCCAGACCCAGCGCCCCCAGAUGCAAACCCGUUCUAAACUCUCCCUAUUCAAGGCACUCGUUAGUUCUAUCAACUUGUACAAUGUACUGGCAAAGGGGGGAGAACGGGAAGAAUGCCAUCCUGAGUUGGUCAAAGGGGAUUUAUGCUAAGACAUGGAGUGCCAGUGGGCAGAGUGCCCAUUCAGACAGGAACAAGAAGGAAGAGGGAUCUUAGAGCAACGGCACUGUUCUCUCCAACAACUCUCUCCCAGGAUCUGAUCCUAGACAAGGCUCCAAAAAGCUGUAAGGUUGCCCAACCCCCUCAAACUUUUGUGAAUAAAGAGAAGAGCUGAUCACCUUGGCCAUGGAUCAAGCUCCACCCUCCUUGACUGUGACUUCAGACCCCAGACUCUUUAAUCAGCAACUCCCAGAGCCUCCAGAACCACAAUGUGUCUUAGAGCCUCAAGACAACCCCGAGCUGGGUCCUGCGCUGGCCUGUGCUCUCUGCUGUUUCUUUGGAGUCAUCUACUGCUGCUUUGGCUACCGAUGCUUCAAGGCAGUGAUGUUCCUGUCCGGGCUGCUCUCUGGAGCCUUGGUAAUCUUCUUGUUGUGCCACAAGGAGCGAGUGCUGGAGACACAAUUGAGCCUGGAGGUGAGCGCGGGCAUCGCGCUGGGCAUUGGCCUCCUCUGUGGGCUGGUCACCAUGCUGGUCCGAAGCGUGGGGCUUUUCCUGACAGGCCUCCUGCUGGGCCUGACCCUAGGGGCAGGUGCCCUCCUGGGCACUGAGCCCAUCUACCAACCACCCUCAGCUUGGGUGCCAACAGGGGGCCUGGUGGGACUGGCACUUCUAGGUGCCCUGCUUACCCUCCGCUGGCCCCGACCUUUCACCGUGUUAGGCACAGCCCUCCUGGGAGCGGCUGUACUGGUGGGCUGUGCUGACUACUUCCUGGAAGGGCUGGCACUAGGUGGGCGUCUGGGUCAGCGGCUUCAGGCGUUGCCUGCCCUGCCCCCCCUCUGCUGGUACAGUUGGGCCCUGCUGGGUGCCUGGCCUGCCCUGGGGGCACUUGGGGCCCUUGCUCAGUGGAGACUCACAGCCGAGGAACACAGAGGCCAUGAUGAUGCAGUAUUGAGUCAUCGACUAAAGGGCCUCCAGCUUCUUAGGAUCCGCCAGCAGGAGGCCAAGUGGCAGCAGAAUUCUGGGGCAACAGCCAGUGAGGGCAGCUACCGUCGACAGGUCCCACACCGAGCCCGGAGCCCAGCUGACAGCCUGGCACCCAGCUAUCUUCAGAGUCUCCGGGAUCGACAGCUGGGGCCAAGCACUGUGGGUACUCCCCAUCAUGCCAUCCUGGACAUAGACUCUGACUGUGGUUCCACCGUGCCCCUCACCAUACCCACUCGCUCCAACCAAACCUGAGCCUGUAUAUAUACACACGCACACACACACACAUUCACCCUACACUUGUGCCUUAGAGAGAAGGUUCAGAGCACCAGGUGGUCAAUGCUUGGGCAAAAGAGGUAGAGUUUUCCAAUGAUAAACAUAUAUGGAAAUGCAUAUUUCCUCUGGGGGUGGAGGGAGAGGACAUGAAAUGUAGUCUGGCCCAACCCUGAAGGAGAAUGUGCCAGGGUGGAGCUGGGGACAGCUGAAGGGAGAUUGAAGGAGAAAGGGGGUGGAAGAACCAAAUUUUCACCUCUGCUCAAACUAUAGAGAUGGUCCUGGAAUUCCUGGAAUUCUCUGUCCCCCCUAAAACUCAAUAUUACUGCCCAGCCAACCAUGACCCCAACCCUGGAAGGACCUUUCUCCCUUCUACAACAUAACUUCCUUUUGUACCACCCAAAUUCUGUGCCUCAAAAUGGGAAUAUGGGGUAAAAGUUUUUGAAGAUCCUAUGAAAAAUCAGGGAAUCUCUAAAGACAAAUAUAACUCCUUUCUGAGAAGAAAGGGAAGGGAAGGAUCCCUUUUGGCUCUCCUUGACUCCUCAAAUCUCAGGCUAAUGAAGGAAGUGGGUUAUAACACUCAAUAUUCUUUUCUCCCCCACACUUCCAGUGCCUGAGCCCCAUUCCUACCUCAUUUGGGGGCUCUGUCCUCCCUGGUGCUUCCUCCUUUGCCUCCUCUCCUGCUUGUAUAUGCUGGGUCAGAGUCCACUUUAGACUCUGCCCCUUGCUGGCUCCUUUCAGUGAAGAGAAGGAGGCAACUCUGGGGAGAGCUGCAGGAAGUAUAAGAGUGGCAAAAUGGGAGACUGACAGAUGCCAGCAGCCUCUCAGCCCUGUAGGACACUAACAUGCUAACUGCACCUCCACUCCAGCCACUAACCCUGUCCUAACAUUUUCAGUCUGUUCUAGUGUCCAUAAACUUCCCCCCAUGAUGUAAAGGAACACAAAUGGAUACCAGGGCAGAGGGAGGGGAGAGAUAUUGAUGGUAUGUAAAUAAAAUGACAUUGAAGAUUGAA